UAAAAGAGGAAUCAAUUUUUCAUAUAUAGCCAAAGUCACAUAGUGAUUCUUCUCCAAUCAAAUCUCUAUCAACAAUGACAAGCUUGCACAAAACCCUCUUCACACAAAAUCCCACUACUUUAGAUCAACGUAAGUUCUUUUUUUCUUUCCCUUAAUUGAUUACGUUAAUCGGUCAAAUUAAUAGUGGAUGUGUGAUUUUGUUAGUCAUGAUGUGCCACACGGGAAGAGACAAUUCAUGGAAAAAACUAGAAAACAUAGACGAAGAAGGUCCAUCGACGGUGGCACGUGAAGUGAGGACGGCGUUACCACCGGAGACGCCAACGGAGAUGAUGGAGUUCUUGGGGAGAUCAUGGAGCAUUUCCGCCGUCGAACUCACGAGAGCUUUUUUCAACAAUUCCACUGCCGACACUAACUCUUUUCUUCUAUCUACUAUCGUUAACACCAACAAAGAAGACAGAGAAGAUGAAGAAGAUUCUACUUCCAUGGCUUCUUCUCGUGACCUUCUGCUGCCACAUGUGGGAAAUAAGACCAGCCCUCCAAUAACUCCAAGAACCGGUAGAGAAAUGAAGCAUUUGUACAAGAGCAUGAUAAGAGGAAGAACAAUGGGAAGAAGAUUAAAGGAUCAGAAGGAGAAGAAGAAACAAGAGACCAGAACUCGCAACGCUGAGAUUCACGCCGCGGUCUCUGUCGCAGGAGUAGCUGCAGUUGUUGCCGCAACCGCAGCAUCUAACGCUAUUGCGGCCGCAGAAGAUGCGGUUGAAUCAACAACCGUUGCAGCUGCAAUGGCAUCUGCAGCUGCUCUCAUCGCUUCACAUUGCAUCGAGAUAGCGGGAGAGAUUGGGGCGGGUUAUAACCAGAUUGCCACGGCUGUUAGCUCCGCGACCAAUGCUAGGACUAACGGAGACAUUAUGGCUUUAACGGCAAGUGCUGCAACAGCGUUGCGAGGAGCUGCGAUUCUAAGGUCACGAAUGGAAAGGAACAACGAGAACAAAGCAAUGCUAUAUGCAACAAAGGAGCACGUCGUAGAAAUGGAAGAGAGAAAUGUAUUUGGAGCGAUGACUUUCGUCUCUAGAGGAGAAGAGCUUCUCAAACGCACCCGCAAAGGGGAUCUUCAUUGGAAGCAAGUAUCUUUUAACAUCAAUUCCAAUUGGCAAGUGGUUCUUAAAAUGAAGAGCAAACAUGUGGGUGGAACUUUCACGAAGACGAAGAAAUGCGUUGUCAAUGGAGUGUGCCGAGAUAUACCCGAAUGGGCACAUAGAGGACGAGCAGAUAAAAUGGUAGAGCGAAGAGCCUACUUUGGGGUGAAAACAGUGGAAAGGGUGAUUGAAUUCGAAUGUGGAAACAAAAGAGAGAAGCAAAUGUGGAUAGAGGGGAUUCAACAGUUGCUUAACUCACUCGAAAUCGGUUCUAGUGUUCAAUGGAAACAUUAGAGUUAGGAUCAAAUUAAAACACUAUUUCACAUUUGAACAUCAUGUAAUAACGAUUGAUUUUUUUUUUCGAUUUCACGUGUGUUGAAGAAUGUAUGUUUGUGUCUGGUGUAAUAAUAUUUGACAUUGAUA